AUGGUGGAUGUGUUUGAUAUGGCCAGGCUGCGGCUCCAAGCUCCAGUCCGAAGGCCCAACUCCAGAAACAUGGAUCCCAGAAACCUGCUGCGAAUCCACGACUCCCUUCAGCUUAAAUACGCAGAUGAGAAGUCCAGGCUGGGCUCCAGUGAGGUUCCAAAGCUGGAGGAAGUGGGUGUGACCAGCAGGAGAAGGCAUGACUACAGGGAUCCAAAUCGCCAGUUCAGCAGCCAGAGGUCUACAGUUCAGGACGAUUAUCUUGACCUGUCUCCACCACAGCAAAAUGAUUAUCUGAAGAGUGUGAUGGGGGGAUCUGCAAGAGGUUCUCUGCUGGAGUCAGAGAGUGCAUUCAUUGACCCCCUAGGUGAUGCCUUUCCAGUCCCCCGCACCCCAGAGUUUGAGAAGACCCCCCAGCUGUCGGCCAGGGAGAGGAGGAGGCUGGCCAAACAGUCACAGCACCCUCUGGAACGAGCUGCUUCCAGCCAGUCCACUGGCCAAGAUGACUACUCCACUCACACAGGUAACAGGCUGCAGCAGGAGCAAGGAGGUGAAGGAAGGAGCCGGUACAGGACAGGUCGUCUGAUGGCUCUCAGUCGUCGUGGAUACACUGCCGGACCAGUGGAUCGGUCUGAUGACGACUCCUUCCCUCCUCAAUUUUCUCUCCACAAUCUUAACCAUCCGAGCUCCGUAGAAACUGUCGCCACAGAUCCCUGGAUGCGGCCAGGAACAUCGGACACACUGAAAUGUUCGGACCGUCCAUCAAGGAGGGAGUGGUUGGCAACAUAGGACCGACCCUGUUGCUCAAACCUGAGAGGUUCCUCGUACUUUUGGAAGUCAGUUGUAGCACAGACUUCCCUGUCUUUGAAUUAUGAGACUAGGACGGGUUUUAACUCGUGGCUUUUGUGACAAAUGGAUGCAAGUAUGAAUGACAAAUGAUACCUGUUAUGUACUUUUAUUUGACCAAUGACUAAAUUAUGUUUUA